AUGAGCAAUCUGCGACCUUCGGAUAUCGAUGAUGAGGAUAUGUCCUUCGAAGAUAUGGAUACUACCCAAGAUGCAGGGAGAACUGUCCAAGCGAAGAGAGAUAGUAAUUCGGUUUUAAGUGAUGAAAGAGAAGAAAUACGUGGUUCCUCUUCUCCUUUAGGGAAGGGUAGUCAUGAUCCUCCUGUUCCAUCUACGAUCUCCUCUCCAGCUAGUACUACAUUCUCUGGUAAAGAUAACCAUCGGUAUUCCACGUAUACUGAAAGUGAAGAUGGGGAGUUCUUAGGUGAUUUUGAGGAGCUCAACAAUACUGAUAGGGUGGAUGACUGGCUUCACUUUAAAGGCGAUAUGAGAGCGGAGGCUUACAAGGAGAACGACGAUGAGGACGAGCUAAUUGAACUUCAGGAGCAGCUGGAACAGAGAUUGAAGUUUUUUAGCGAGGAUACAAGGGAAAAGGACGCUGCUAAGAUCUUCGCGGAUCACAUACCUACUUUGAAGAACGCUCCUAACCUACAAAAUAUAUCGACGCGUAAUAAGCCAGCUAAAGCUACAGUAAAGAAGGAAGUGCGGUAUCAAAUCCCAUUGAGCAGAUCGCAUGCUAAUUUGAGACAGAGUAUUUCUUCCAGGACAGGCUUGGAUAGUAGGAUACGUAACAAGAAGUCGAUGCCCAUUAUACCGCGCUUCGGUGAUGAUCCCAUGAUGAGUGAGGAAAGAGAGGACCUUGCUCGCGAAACUGGACAAAAUCGAGAUCGUGAUGACUUUUGGGAUGGCAAAGUGUCUCUGAAACCAACGUACUACUUCCCAGAAAACGACGAGAACGAAGAUGAUUUCGAACUUCCAUUUCAUGGAGACGAUGCCAAGCUUUCACUCAAUAACUUUAAGGCUGUAUACAUGGAUGCUGGAAGCGAUGACGAUCCUUUGAACUUAGCUCCCACCCAAUACAAUAUUAUUCAGGACGAUGCUCUAUUGACUCCUCAGCUUCACAAAUACUCCCGGAAAACUACAAAAAAUCUAGAUGAUUUCAGAGAAAAGGACCACAGAAGGCACAGGAAGAUGCAUAGCAGGGGGUCUGUGAACUAUAGAUUAAGGACUAUAAAACAGGAAAUUGACCACAACACACCUAUGAAGGCAGGUUCCAUGUCUUACAAUCCUAAACUUAAGAAAUGGGAAGGAAACGAAGAAAUAUUAGAGAGAUUCAAAGCUAUUGACUCGUUAGACACUCAUAAGGCACUUUUGAUUACGAAAAAAGACUCUUUGCGAUCAUCGCCGUCGCGGAAAGCUACUUCAAUGAACAGCAAUGGCAGUAACAAUGGGAAGCUUGUAGGUAAGAUGAUGUUCGAUGAAGAAAAUCUGCGAUGGUACAACAUAGAAGGCAGAGAGAUAGAUCCUUUUGGUGGUAUAGAUGUUACAAUUAAGGCGAAACCCAUCCCUCAAGCAACUUCUGCCUCUUUAAAGACUGUUAACUUCCAGAGAACGCAAAGUCAGCCUUCCAAUCCACACCUUAACCUCUAUGCUGGACGUGCACCCUCUACCAGAUUUCAUUCUCUCGGUAAUGGCCUCAACUCAAAUCCAAUAUUUAAUAUCUCAGGGAAACAGUUGGAGAAGUUCUAUCACGAGGAAAAUCGCUGGGCAAGAAAAAUCGGCGGGUGGUUCAGCUCCGAUUCCAGAGAAUUUGGAAAUGACUUAUCGUAUAUGUAUGAAAUCCGUAAUAUGGUGAUGAACUCUGCCAGGAACUGA